CUCCAUGACCCUGUUCCUUUAGAGGUCUCACUACCCUGUGAGACAGGAGGGAUUGCUCCUUGCAAAGGGUGGCCUGUGUCCCUUGAUCACAAACUCAGCAAUCUGUGGAUCCAUUGGGGAGGGUCUGUCAGACUCUUGAGGAGCUAAAGAGGUUGCUGUGGUGGAGAAAGAAGCCUCAAGCGCCCUGUGUGCCAGGACCCCAGGACCACGCUCGUCCCCAGGGCCGCCUGGUCCAGAUCGCUGCAGGUGGCGGUGGAUGGAGCCCUGCAGCCCAGAGCUUGGUGUCCUUGACCUCCCUGUGGUGGCAGCAACGGUAGCCUCUCCAGGAUCAAGGCAUGAAGGUCGCUGUGUUGGACCUGGGGUCUCUCUUUGCCAAGAUCUUCAAGACCUCGGGGUCCUCUGCGGUCCCCAGCCACCCUGGAGGCUCGACGGCCACAGGAUCAGUGGUCUCCGGAGCCAGCACGUCGCUUAGCAAGGCAGCGACCCUAACUCUGCUCCCAUCGCUGCCUCCAGACACCACAGCCUCACGGGAGCCCUCCACCCCUCUGCAUCUUGCCUCGCACUCCAGGAGCUCCUCAGCCACUCACAGAGUGGAAGCCGUAGGGUUCCCGGGGUCUCUGCCCAGCAGCCCAGGAGCAUCCAGAGUGCCGCCCCUAGCCCCCUGCAGCGGCUCGGGCUCCGUGGCAUCAGUGGCUUUGCCAGGCCCAGGCACUGUCUGGGCGACCCUGCCCUCUGUCGCUGUGCCCGCUGGCAACAACAGCAGUGCAGCCUCGAGUCCAAGGAACACUCGUCAGUCGACGGGUCCCGGAGAGCGAGAGUCCAGCACGUGGAUGGCCCCAGGGCCUGUCCCCAAAACUCUGUUCUUCACCCUGCCCGACAUCGGGGAGGAGUGGGUCUCUGACAGCGACUCCCAGGACGACCCAGAAGGAAGAGGACUUUCGGAAGGACUGAGGAGGCACAGCUCUGUGAAGAGCAAAGAUCCUCUACCUACAAAUUUUACACGAAACGUGCAGAAAGCCAUUGACAAAUAUGCCAGUGAGUCCCCCUCAUCCUUUUCCUCCAGUGGGAGCCGCACGCCCACGGAGGCCCACAACUCAUGGCCUGGCUCUUCCACUCAGAGUUCCACCACCGAACUGUCGACAGAGAGGAGCUCAGUUUCUUCUUGGAGAGAUGAUGAAUUUGACAAAGUCAAUGCUCAGAAAGUCCAGCAGCUGUUUUGGGAGGUUGAGGAAAUGCUAUUCGAAGGGAAAGUGAGUCCCCAGACUCAGAAUCUCCUGGCCGAAUGCAGUGAGUGGGCAAGAAGAUCCCUCCAUCUCAGGCUGUUAGGGAGGCAGCUCAUUCCGCCAAGUGAUGAAGGUUUCCGACAUUUCCAGGGGACGCUGCCUAGUUCUGUUACCCACAAACCCUUGCCUCCUGUUCCUGACCACAUCAGCAGCAUCAGAGAGUUGUGUAUCUCUGGCUCUCAGAUAGUCCCUGAGGCACUCUCAGCCUCUACCCUGACAGACCCUGAUGAUGGCACGGAGUUGAAUGACCCCACAUCAUGCUCAUCCCUGAAAGAAGAGGUGUACCACGUGGAUGGAAACAUGGAAGAAUAUUUUGCUUUUGACAGAAAACAGGAUGGAGAUGAGCAUCUGGAACAAAACUCAACACUCCGCUGCAGGAAGUGGCGUCGACAUGGGCUUCCUCCCAUUUCCCCUCACGACUGUAUCAGAGAUGCUGUGGCAGCAGAAGUAUUUGAUCAUGUUUGGACCAAUGUGAUAGAACUAUUGAAAGAUCUCAUUAGAAAAACCUGGGAAUCUGCACUCACAGAUGAAAAAAAACAUAAAGAAAAUUCGAAAGUAGCUGAAAAUAGGUCUCCACAUGUGCUCGUGUCUCGUCUCAGCACUGAUGUUUCCAGUGUCCCCCCGUCCCGGAGCUCUGAAACUCUGCACACAUCCUUGACGCCCCACUUUAAUCCACCCCAGUUUUCUCAGCUCCAUCGCUUUUCCAGCAACUUCUAUAGUGAUUUGAGUGGUGUAAUGACGAUUCAAGCCAAGCCCCUGCAGCAGAGACCCACCUAUUUUGCAGAUAAAACACAGAACGAACAAGACGACAGAGUGUCUGGGGCAGGGGUUGGUGCAUCUUCACGUCACCGACUGGGCCGCAUCCCAGACCCUCGGGGACCACUGACUUCUGCCAAGAAAACACCAGUGCAUAGGAGACUCCCUUCCAUUGCAUCAGACCCACAGAGACUGAAAACCCCCACCGUCUAUAGUGAUGAAAUCCUGAGGGGAACGAAACUGCAAACCGGCAUUGACCACCUGCCUUCCUCAGCAAUUCCAGCCUCCCGGAGCCGGUUACCCCCAAUAGGCGCUGAGGCUGGGGAGCAGAACACAGCAGCUUCCGGAUCCCGCCCUGUUUCUUACAGAGGAAGGCAUCCGCAAAACCGUGUGUUGAGUGCGAUGCCUGACAGUGUGGAGCGGUCGCCUCUUCGAGAAAGAACCAUUGUCCUGGAGCAACUUUCAAGGCCCAGCACCACACACACCUUCCGGUCAGAUACACCAAGAAAAGGUUCCCUGACACCCAUGGAGUUUGUUGCUCACACUUGGACAGGUCAAAGUGUUUUGACAGGUUCACAGUAUCUACCUAAAUCUUACCAGAGAGCAACUCUGACUUCGAGAAAGAGGUUCCAAGUGGCGUCGUGAUAUCACUGCUCUGGAAUUAUGGACUUGCUGGAACAUGUGAGGCCUUGGCCACACCAUUUGUCACUUGAAAAGCAUAGGAACAAGUAUUACCUGGUGUAUGUACUCACCUCUGUCUGACAGCAGGAGACGGUGGGACACCCGAGAGAAACACAAGUGAGGAAGUACUUAGUUUUGAACACUCACUUUGUAAAAAGAACAAAGGUUGAACUCCCUAGCCCCUUCGGAACGCAUGCCUGAAGCUCCUUGGGACCUAGUGCUUUGCUCAAAAGACCCUAGUGUAUCCUCAAAUUCCCUCUUUUCAUCACUUAUACCUACAAUUAGUGUUCACACGCUGAUAAUACGGGUGCAUUCCCUAAGAAUAUGCCAUUUUGUAACUCUAGACCAUCACGUAUAUUUUGGUCUCAUUCUCUUAAUGAUUCCAUCAAGACUAAAUAGCAGUCAUAUUUGAGACAAUUUGUCCAUUUGAAAAAGAUUCUGGUUCUACUACUUGUUGCGAUGACUUUAAAAUAAUUACUGCAUAUGCAAUGUAUAAAGCGAUGGGUUUCAUAAUGAGAUUUCUCAUACCUUUGUUACCACACGAUUAGUCCUGAAUAGCUGAGAAAUGCCUUGCAAGCCAAUUGUGUUAAAACACAGCAGUAAACUAGUUUUCACUGUCAAAUUUAGACAGUGCAUUUAAAAGUCUCCCACAUUUAAAGCUGAAUAUAAGCAUAAUCAAAAUCUUUUGCAUAUGCUUCCAACAUUAACAUUUAAGUUGGCGUGUUUGAUGACUGGACAGCUGAGAAUUGUAGUACCAGCAUCCUUACGUCAUCCCAACCUAGUCUUUGCUCUGAUGUCACUUCUUCAUUAGAGCCUCCCUGAGUCCUUGCUGAAAGUAGCAGUUCUCCCCACCCUCGGGCCUCUCUCCACUCUGUUUUCUUCAGACCGUAUGUCCCCCCUGACUGUUCCAGUCAGGGGAGUGGAGAACAUGGAAGAAACGUCCAUUAGAGGCAAGGCCCCUUUCUGGUACUUCAGCCUGGUUUAUUUUCAUACACACACAUCCCUAAUCAGCAUAAGUCUCUUCACUCUAAAAUAAACUUUACAUACGUACCCAUGUAUGCAUGCACCAUUUAAACAUGUGAGAGAUGGUUCUCAGCACAUUUCCUGCUGUAAGAAGUGGGGAUCGCUGUCUACUUAGAGAUGUUUGGAAACUGACCUAUCUGCGGCGAGUAGAUGCUCAUUGGAUCUGCUCUUUACGCAGACGACCAACCAGAAGUGACUUUGGAGCUUUGUUCUACUUGACAUUUUCUCCUUCACUCUCUCCACGUAUUUACUGCAGCACCGGGACAGGGUAGAGAAGGGACACCGGUCAGGUUGCUAUGUUGAUCCUUCCUUUCAGAUAGCCACGGGGCGUAGAGUGUCACUCUCUAUGCCUAGGGAGUGUGUCGAGUGCUCAGUUUCUCACAUAGAGGGUUUUUCUGGAUUGAUGAGUGGCGAGAGUCCCACCCACCAGGGGCCUGGCUGGCUGCUCUGUGGUCCGAUAUUACUGCUAAGAGGGCCAUCGACUCUGCCUUCUCCCAGCCCACUCAGCCCACUUUGUAUCAUCAGUUCCUAGGUGCCAUCCGACUGUUUCUCCCUCAACCCAGCGUUUAAAAGGGGAGUUAGUGAGUAGGACAUCUAACAAUACGAUGGUGGCUCCAGGAUAACCGUGUAAUACUAGCAUCACCGUGUUUGCCUUCAGAGGUUGGGAGGUGGAGAUGUAUCAUUUCUAUCAGCAAAGAACUGCAGUAAAAAUAGAACCAGGUGCGGUUUUUAUCUUCCAGGCAUUUUGAUUGGAAAGCAAAGUACUGCUCGAAGGUGUCUGGAGACUCAGAGGUCUCACCGAUCCUAAAAGUGACCUUCUCCUGGGACUUAUUUUCAUGCCUGUGUUAAAGAUAGUUUAUUUAUAGGUGAAAUGAGAUUGUAAGUUAGUAAAUGAUGCUGUCUAGACUGAAAAGGGAAAAAUCAGGGGAGUGCUUUUACAAUAUUCUAUUUUCAUAAGCAAGUCUUAGGCUCUCUCUGGUAAAAAUUGCAACCAGGAAAUCACUUCUGGGAAAAAAAUUCAGAUGUGGGUUAGUGACUCUGUGAAUUAAAAUAUCUUUAAUUUAUCCCAAACCAAAGAAAGGGUGAAAGAAUUUAAAAAUAGUUCAAGAAAAUAUAACAUUUAAUGGAAAAAUGGCAAGAUUUCUAAAGAAUAUAAAAGGAAGCAUGGAUCUUUGUGUCUGUGUUACUAUGAACCAGGAUGGAGUUUCUUUACUAAUUGAGAGGUUCACUUUUAUUGCCAUAAAUCAUUUCAGUAUAUUUUUAUUAUCAUUGUUUUCUUAUAAUGAUGGAUGAUUGAUUGUUCAGUACUUUUAAUCAUUUAAUUUUUAAUAAAAUGCAAAAUGUUAAAAGAG